AUGAAAGCAAAAUUCAUUAUUGUAGAGGGUCUCGAUAGAGCAGGGAAGUCUUCCCAGUGUGAAUUGCUGGUCAAAGAAUUGAGCAAAUCAGGCCCAGUAGAGCUGCUCAAGUUCCCCGACAGAACUACAGCCGUGGGUAAAAUGAUCGACGCGUACCUUCAAUCAAAGAGCGAUUUAAACGACCAAGCAAUUCAUUUACUCUUUUCUGCAAACCGCUGGGAAGCAGUAGAGGAUAUUAAGUCGAAACUAAACAGUGGCGUCACCCUCGUCGUAGACCGGUUCUCGUAUUCUGGGGCGGCUUUCUCGGCAGCUAAGGGUCUCGAUCUGGGGUGGUGUAAACACCCUGAUGUGGGUUUGCCAGAACCCGAUAAAGUCAUCUUCCUCGAUGUAAGCGAGGAGGUUGCAAUGCAAAGAGGCGGCUAUGGCAACGAACGAUACGAGAAACUAGAGUUCCAACGCAAAGUUCGCAGUAUUUUUCAACAGUUACGAGAACCCAAUUGGGCAUGGAUCAACGCUGAUGAAUCUGUAGAAAACGUGCACCAAAGAAUAGUACAGGCACUUGGUGUAUAA